UUUCAGCCAUUACAUGAAAUGAAACAUUGUUCAAGCACAUAGAUAAGAGAAGCUGCUGAGAAACAAUGAAUUCUCCAAUGCUCAAAAUUUCAAUAGCUAUGCUGUUUUUGACUCUAUCUUUUCAAGCAUAUGGACAGUUUGAGGAAUGGUGCAUAGCAGAUGAACAGACCCCAGAUGAGGAGUUACAAAGGGCCAUUGAUUGGGCUUGUGAAAAUGGUGGAGCAGAUUGCAGCAAGAUAAAAGUGAACCAACCCUGUUACCUUCCAAAUACCUUGAAGAACCAUGCCUCCUAUGUCUUCAACAGUUACUAUCAGAGGUUCAAGCACAAAGGAGGUUCUUGCUAUUUCAAUUCUGCUGCAAUCACCACUGAUCUUGACCCAAGUCAUGGCUCAUGCAAGUAUGAAUUGCUUCCUUGAAUGAUGUCUGAAGACCAUAUUUUGCAGUUAAACUUUGUUGGGAGUAAUGGAGUCUGUAUGCUUCUGUUACAUUCUUAUUUUUCCAUGGCUUGAUGUGAAGCUCAAACAGUGACAUGGAUCAAGUAGAAUUCUUUGUUCUGUUUUUUUUUCCUGGACUCCACACCCAUCUUAUUUCAGAUAAUUCUUGAUUUAAAUGUAUGUUUUGAUUAAAAUUGAAAAUUUUAACUAAAAUAAUAAAUUUUCUUCUUCAUUUAUGCA